ACACACACGGUUGUCCUCCCCGGCUCGGCUCCACCUCGCUCGGCGGGUGUGUGAAGAAGCUCCAGCCCGUUAUUUCAAGGUUAUCUCCUGCAGGAGCUUCACUUUUCGGAUCCUAUGGGAAUUCUGAUAACCGCAGUUUUUCUUUGGGCUGCUGUCGGAGUGGGAAGCCGGCCAGUAUCCUCACCCCUUAAUGAUGCAAAGGUUGAAUGUAUUAUUCAGGAGACACUGAAUGAAGAUGGGUCACAACAGGAGUGUGGCCCACAGCUGGCAGAGGAACUUGAUGAAGUGCAAAGACACCAGGGUUUGCUCAGGGAGCUGCAGAGGUUGGCUGAUGAUGAGAGAGACAGGGAGCACGAGGACGGGAGGGAGAAGGAGCGGUACGAGUACAACUUGGCUGACGACGAGAGCGACUUCGAGCAGAGGGAUGAAGAGGAGGAGGAGAAGGAGGAGAGAAACAUGACCAGUCUUGGGAAAAAGACAGAGGAGAAGAACGAAGAGAAGACAGAGGGAGAUGACACCAAAGAGAGUGUGAUGGAGAGGCCACGAAUUGAAGACAGAGGGAGCGACGAUGAAGAGGAGAGAGCCAAGGAGCUUGAGGAGCUGUUGGCUGAAGAGAUCACCAAGAAAGGGAAGGAGGAGAGGAACGAUGAAGAGCUCAAAGAACUGCUGAAAGAGUUGAAAAAGAAGCGAUACGAGGCGGUGAAGGAGAGGGAGAUCCAGAAAAGCACUGGAACAGAGCAGGAGGAGGAGAUGGAGGAUAAGAAGGAAAAGAAAGACAAAGAGAAUGAAGGAGAAACAGUGGAGGACAUGGAGAAGCAGAGGAUCGAGGAGAGGAGGAAGAACGAGGUGGAGCUGAUGGUGGAGAAGGAGAAGGUGGAGAAGGAGCUGAAGGAGCUCCUCAAAGAACAGGACAGCAAGAAUAAGCCACAGCAGGAGAGGGAGAGGGAGAGGAAGGAGAAGCAGGAGGAGCUGGAUGAACUUGUGAGGAAGAUGAAGCGGGUGCAGGAGGAGGACGAGCAGGAGACACAGGUCAGGACAAAAGAGGACAAGGUGGCUGAAGUGCCGGUGAAGGAGAAUAGUGAAAAGAAGGUGGGAGAAGGAGAAAAGGAGCCCGACGAGAAAGCAGAGAAUGAAGUGAAGAAGAAGGAGGAGGCGGUGGCGGCUGAGGUGAAGGAGCCGCAGCAGAAGAGAGUGAUGGAGAAGGCGAGUGAUGAGGCCACACGGCAGUUUGAGCGGGAAAGGUACAAGGAUGAGGAAGAAGAGGAGGAAAAUGGAGAGGAUGAGGAAGAUGAGGAUGAGUACGUCCGAGAAGAUGAGGAGGGGCAAGAGGAGGAAGACGAUGACGAGGGCGACGCCGAAGAAGACGAAGGGGAGGAGCUGCUGGAGAUUGAAGCAGAGCUGCGUAAAGUCGCUGCAGAGCUGAGGGAGCUUCGCAGAGGAUAAGACACACGAUUGCACACACACACACACACACACACACACACACACACACACACCAGACUGACAAACCCCUUUGUUGCAUUCAAAGUCACACACUCAGCUCACACAUUUUCCAUUUAACAGCCUUCAAAUCCCAUCAGCACUCAGAGAAAUAUUCUCAGAUGUGAAUCUGUAAAUGUAGUAGAAACUGUACAUACUGUUGUUUCAUUUCUGCUUCUAGAUCACCUGGAGAAAAAAAGGUGUCACUGUUUCCUCAAUGCUCAUGAAUGUUUUUUUUUUUGCGUAUUGAGGAAAAAGAGAUGCGUUUUCCGGAGAAUCUGAAAGCCUGUUGUGUCCAUCACUCGUGUCCCUGUCUCUGUACCUGUAAAUGCUGUUUGUAAGGUUAGGCAGGUGAUUUCACUUCAGUUGUAAACCGCCAUCUUGGAUGCAAAGCAUUCAGCACUUUUCAUUCACAUGUUAAUUUUGACUGUGGAUUGCCAACCACACAAACACCAUCAUCUUUGAAAUCUGAGUCACGAAUACUGGCAGUCAGUGUUCUCUACUAUAAGUAAUAUGUGUAUUUCAAUAUAUAUUUUGUGCAAUAAUUGAUAACUAUGUGUAAGCUGUUCCUGCUGUUCUGACUGUUAACGAUAUAUAUAUAUAUUACGGAUAUUUCUACACAGGAGUAAGUCAUUAUUUCCUCUUCAUUUCUUUGAUGAUAAAGUAGAAACAAGGAUUGUGUUUUAUUUGGCUUACGCACUGUUAAAACCAGACUGUUUGUGACGAACUGGGGUGACACGAAACAAAACACAGAAGUUUGUCGCGCGCGGUAAGUGUGUGGCGACAGGACGUGAUGUACUUAGAGCUUACAAGGUCUAAAAGUGUCACCUCAGGUUCUCAGCCAGCUUUGCACUCUUAUCUUAACAAGCCAAGGAAGAGCCGAGGGAAGAGGGAGACACUAAAGCCAUUUUGUUGUCUUUGGUAACAGCAACACUGACAAUAACAUUUAUAAACGCUCAGUCGUGUUACUUCACAGUUUUCAUGGCUGUCAUGUCAUUUGUGUAAAUAUCAGAUAUCAUGGUCUGUAAGCCAAGGUCAUAGGAAAUAUGAAGUAACAGCGCCCCCAAGAGGACACUGGGUAGAAAUGCACAUGGUGCAGGAUUAACAGGGUUACCACUGGAGGCCCACUUAACUGCAAUAACACAAUAUAGACUACAGCACACAUGAAUGCAAUAAUUACUCAAAUAAUUCAUAAUUUCAUGUAUUUUAAUAUGUAAUCAAAGUGCAUCAUAUUGUACUCAUCUAGCAAAUAUAAUCUCUCUUUUUUCUACACAGCCAAGAUUUACAAUACAUUUGUGUAUUUGAACACUGGCAAGUAGCCGGUCAACUUGUGAAAACACAUUAGUAAUAAGACACGUAAUCAGUCAACACUGAUGAGCUCGUUGCUGUCUAUUCCAAAGAGGAGCUGUUUGUUCACUUGAGAAUAAAUGAAAAAUGAAUGUACUGUAGUUUUCUUUUUCUAUAGAAGCAAAAUGUUUCCACAUAAUGUAACUUACAAACAAGCAAGAAAGAUGUAUAGGAAAUGUCUGUGAGGGGUGGGGGGGGUGGCGGGUGACAUAUUGGGCAUAGAGGACAUUUCAAAGAACAGGAAAAAAAAACACCAUUUGUAAUAUUACUGGCCAAUCAGAGUGCUGUAUUUUGUGCCUGCUGUAUCUUCUUCUAUGCUACCUGUCAAUCAAUAAACGGAAAGUGGAUUAAA